GCCGCCGCCUCAGCUAAAGCUAAGUGUUGUUUUGCUAGCAGGCGGCAGAAUCACAGUUUUUUCUACUUUUAGCAAUAAAAACCUAAGAAUGUGACUUUACGUUGAAUCGCCCGACGACGACCCGCGAGCUGUGAUGAAGAGACGCGAUCGACCCGAGCGGUGAGACGCUGCCAGAAGAUGUGAUCCCUGUUGAAGAUUCCUCCUCCAGAAGACAGAAUGCCAGUGCUGAACAUCUGGGAGCUCUCUAUCCCGCUGCCGGCGGUUCUGAUGAUCACUCUGGGUGUUUACAUGGUCGUUCUGUGCAUCGGGCUGUGGAUCCGGUUCUGUCUCAAGGACCGAUGUUCCUCAGACUGUGGGGACUGCUGUCCCAACAUCUCGCUUUGUGAUCACUGCUUCAGACUGGCUGAAGUGUGCAACUGUCGCCUGCCGACCAUGCGUUCAUGUCUGACCGAUUCGUGUCCUGCUCCGACGUGUGCCAAGUGGGACUGUGCCUGCACCUGUCAGCCGCCCGAGUGCGAGUCCUGCAACUGCCUCUGCUUCGAGAUCCGGAUCAAGUAGAAGACGAGGAUGGAGUCAUCGUGUGUCUGAUCGAAGAAGU